AUGAAGAGGUACCACACGCGCAUCCUGCAGACGAGCACCGAGAAGUCCGUCCACAAGAAGAGCACCAGGGUCGUCGGCACCAGUGCGUGGAUCAGCAGCCGCACCUCCCUGAAGACACAGUCGAGGAUCGCGCCGCGCAUCUCGAUUACCAUGCGGAUCGAGAGCACCAGAACGAGGAGCAUGAGCGCCACCAUCAGCAGCGGCCGCGACAUCGCAUACAUGCUCACGCAGAUCGGCUUCAUCAGCUGCCUCGGCCAGGGCACGAACGGGAUGGUGAACAGCGCUAAGAGGAAGAACACCAGGGGCAGGGAGAUCCAUUCCCCGAGACAUCUCAUAGAUCUCAGGAGCACUGCGACCAGCAGCACGCUCACGCCAGAGAGAUGCAUCCAAGGGCGUCGCCGACGCAAGUUCUGGACAAAGUCGAGAAAGCCGAACGUGUUCCACAGCAACCGCAGCCUCAGUGGUCGCCUCAAGAUGGGAGUACCUGCAGCCAAUAUCAUAACGGCAAAGAGGAAAAUACUUGCAUGCCACUUUCGUCGCGAUCCGCGGACCGACGUCAAAGAUCUUCAGACAGUGGAAAUCGUAUACGCCGCAACCAGCAACCACCCGAUCGCCAGGACGAAGAAGAGAACCGCCACCAGCAGCAGCGGACGCCUCAGCCCGAGCAUGCUCGCGCAGAACGGCAUCGGCAAAGUCGUCGUUCCACUCGAGAUCGUCACAUUCGACAAGAGCACCAGCGUCAUCAGCACCAGUAAGCUGAUCAGCAGCCGCAUCUCCCUGAUGACCCAGCCGAAGAACGCGCUGAGCAUCGCCAUCACCACGUGGAUCGAUAGCACCAUGAGGAAGCGGACGAAGCCACCAGCAGCAGCGGGCGCGCCAGCGCAAACAUGCACACGCAGAACGGCUCCAUCGGCAGCCUGGGUCCGGGCAGAGACCGUGGCCUCAGAAGGAGAAGAAUCCGAAUUUCGAAGAUUAUCACCAGCACGAGGUGCAGCGCCCGCCACGCCUUUCUCUUCGAACCUCCGCAGCUCGAAUUCCUUAUCGAUGUUCCAGUCGAAGAGGCCGUCACACUCAGGAGACGAAGAAGGAGCGCACACCCCAGGCGGCGAACAGGAAGGCGGAGAAGACGAGCGUUUGUUCACCUGCAGCUCAGCGAUGAAUGACGCCACCUGCGGGAUAUCAGAGUCGAAGCAGGUUGCGAUCCGGAAGACCACAGGCUGGUGGAAGGAGGCGAACAUCGACUGCAGACCGAGCGAGAAGACAGAGAGCAUGUGCGACGCAGUCCCGAUGUCCGCCAACACAGCACCACGAUGA